GGCAGGCAAGGUACCCCCGGGGCUGACAGAGGACCAGCUUUGGCGGGCAAAGUACAUCUAUGACUCGGCUUUCCACCCUGACACGGGCGAGAAGAUGCUCCUCGUGGGACGCAUGUCUGCCCAGGUCCCCAUGAACAUGACCAUCACCGGUUGCAUGUUGACUUUCUACAGGACCACACCAGCUGUGCUGUUCUGGCAGUGGGUCAACCAGUCCUUCAAUGCCAUCGUCAACUAUACCAACCGCAGUGGGGAUGCACCCAUCACCCCCAGCCAAUUGGGGACAGCCUAUAUGAGUGCGACCACAGGGGCAGUUGUCACAGCACUGGGGCUCAAAUCUCUCACCAAGCACUUGCCAGCCAUCAUCGGAAAAUUCGCGGCCGUGGCUGCUGCCAACUGCAUCAACAUCCCACUGAUGAGGCAGAG